AUGAGGAUCAGACAGGGUUUGUACCUCCUGUUGAUUCUGAAUGUGGCACCUUUCAAUGGCUGGUUGUGGAAUAGUCCAGCUGUGACAGAAGCUCUAGAAGUGAUUGAAGAAUAUUCUGGCAGUGACGAAACCAGUAAGGACAACAACAUUUCUGCCAGCAACAUCCAGGAUUUUGUUCAGAACUGGGACCAGAACCUAGCUGUGAAUUGGAAUAAAGCUGGCACAGCGAGGACACCAGGCAUCUCUGAGAAGCUUGGCCAUUUCAAAACGGGUAAUGAUAAGUCUUUAUCUGAGGGAGUAGAACAUGAAAUAGAUAUCAAAGGUUCCAGUGCCAGUGAGUCAGGGUCUGGGCACACUUUGAAUUUGGCUCAGAAAGGCAAAGCAACAGCAACCGCCCUUACAGGGACGUGGGUCACUGAGAGUAGAAUUAGCACAAUUAGCACCCCUGCUAAACUUAAGGAUUCCAGUAACUGCUUACCAAGAGGUUCUGACUGGCCUUUCUGUUUAUCUCGGGGUGCAGUCACAUUUUCUGUACCUAAUUUUUUUAACCACACCCGGGCAGAGGAUGUGGGUGCUGUAUUGAAUGAAUGGGGUUGGCUCCUGCGUUCAGGCUGCCAUCAUGGUUUGGAAUGGUUUUUUUGCGUACUGUUGGCACCAAAAUGCCAACAGCCCUUUGAAAAACCUGGGAUAGCCCUGCUGCCCUGCAGGACUUUUUGUGAGGUGCUGCUGGACAGCUGCUGGACAGUCCUACAGGAGAGGGGCCUGCCUGUGGCCUGUCACACUCUCCCCGAGGGUUCAGAUCCCAGUGAGCCAUGCUUUACCAUUAGUAACCACAAAGAAGAAAAUGGAAUUUCCUUGCUACAACUUGUUGAAAACCUACCUGAAGAGAUCACCCGGGUGCCCGGACCAAAUGGUAAAACUGGAUACCUUUUUAAUAAGGAAACCAACAUGGAACAGAUGGCACGUGCCCACUUACCCAGAACCUUUUACCAAGACUUCUCCCUGGUCUUCCAUUUAAAGCCUACCUCCAAAGAUGCUGGAGUGAUUUUUUCCAUAACUGAUGCAAGUCAACUGAUCAUGUAUGUGGGGGUCAAGCUCUCAGCUGUGGAGAACGGAGAAAGGAAAGUUAUUUUUUAUUACACAGAGCCUGAUUCAGAUGUAUCUCGAGAGGUGGCCAGAUUUGAGGUGUCACAUCAGCCUGAUAAGUGGAGUCGUUUCUCUCUGGCUGUUAACAUGGAUCAGUUGUCUUUCUAUGGUGACUGCGAUUCUAAUCCCAAUGUGAUCAAGUUUAAACGCUUAUCUAAAGAUAUGGAGCUUGAGGCAAACUCUAAGAUCUUUGUGGGACAGGGUGGAGGUGCUGACCCUGACAAAUUUCAGGGUGUGAUCUCAGAGUUAAAGGUGUUUGGUAACCCAAGGGCUGCUAAGCAUCAUUGUGUUGAAGCUGCUGCUGAUGACUUUGAUAGUUCCGGGGACUAUGGAAGUGGAAUAGAGGACAUAACUCAGACAGAGCACAGUCUAGGCUCAGGUUUUCAGCCCCUGCCUCCACCUCCUGUUUCUACGACAAUAAGUACGCCUAAGAUGGACAUAGAUGAUCAUCAGAAAGAGACAGGAGUAUCUACUGGCAAAGAAAAGAAUGGUGGAAAUGGUCAAAAUGGGGACAAAGGAGACCAGGGCUUUACUGGGCCAAAGGGUGACUUGGCUGGUGAUACUUUAUCUUCAGUCUCUAUAGGUGGAACCUGUGGAAAGAAGUGUAGUCAAGGAGAGAAAGGCAUAAAGGAAAGUACUGGGUCUGGAUAUCCUGGCCCCAAAGGUGAUCGUGGACCUCCAGGACCACCUGGACCACCUGGACCACCAGGUCCUCAGGGGCCAGUAAUAGAAUUGAUAGACACUGGGGACAAAAAAGUAGAAAGGGUGCAGGGUCAAAUGGGCCCACCUGGACCACCAGGACCAGGAGGUCCACCUGGUCCUCGUGGCCUCCAGGGGAAACCAGGCCCUGAAGGACGUUGUGGUCCUCAAGGAAUAUCUGGUGAUACAGGCCCUAAAGGACAGAAGGGCGAGAAAGGUGAAGGACAACCAGGCCCUCGAGGUCCACCUGGGCCCCCUGGAACCUCAAUCUCAGACAGGACCACCUUUGCGGACAUGGAGGGAUCUGGAUUCCUGCCGGGUCUUCGUGGUCCUCCUGGUCCACCUGGGCCUCCAGGGCCCCCAGGACCUGGUGUAGAAUCAGGAUUUAAUGGAGCUGGUCCUACUGGUCCCCCUGGACUAAAUAGGGACUCUGGGCACACUGGGCCUGCAGGUCGACCUGGAAAUCCUGGUGCUCCUGGGCCCCCAGGCCAGAAGGGUUCACAGGGUUCUGCAGGAAUCAUGGGAAAGGAAGGGCUGCCUGGGCUUCCUGGGCCUAUGGGACCUCAGGGACCUCCGGGACCAGCCUUUCGAAUUACUGCUGAUGGCGAAGAAGAAAUUGCUCUUAAUUACAUUCCAGGGGUUAUGGGGCCACCAGGUCCACGGGGACCACAGGGCAUACCUGGACUACCAGGCAAAGCUGGUAUCCCAGGUAUCCCAGGUCAGAAAGGUGAUGAAGGGCUAAGAGGACAAGAUGGAUUCCCAGGGUUAGAUGGUUUCCCCGGAUCAAUAGGGCUAAAGGGGGAAAGAGGAUGGAAAGGUAACAAAGGUGAGCCUGGCCAUUUUGGAGGACCUCCUGGACCUCCAGGACCACCAGGUCUUCCAGGUCAAAUUGUCUGUACUAAUUGCAGUGGUCAACCUGGUAUAGCUGGCCAAGCAGGAUUCCCUGGACCAAUGGGACCAAAAGGUAUACGAGGGGCACCUGGACCACCAGGAAACUCUGUCAAGGGAGAGAAGGGUGAGCCCGGACUGAUUCAUGACUCCAGCGGUAUCCCAAUUUAUACUGGUGGACUACCUGGACAGCCGGGUGAUCCGGGAGCUCCAGGACCAGAGGGACCUAUGGGACCAGUUGGGCCACCUGGACCAAAAGGUGAAAUAGGAAUCCCAGGUAGACCUGGUCGACCCGGACUGAAUGGAAAAAAAGGGGUGAAAGGCGAUUCAGGCAUCGGAAGAUAUGGAUAUGGCAACCCAGGACCUCCUGGCCCUCCUGGCCCUCCUGGGCCCCCUGGACCUCGAGGCUCUGUGGACAGAUAUAAUGGUUAUGGUGACUCACGGGUUCCAUAUGCUAUCAAAGGAGACAAGGGUGAACGAGGAGAUAUUGGCGUCCCUGGUUUGCCAGAUCUCACAACCACCUUUGACAUUUAUACGUUUAAGAAUGAGUUGAAAGGGGAGGAGGGACCUAAAGGAGAGAAGGGAGAACCAGGAGGAGGUUUCGACAACUAUUAUGGUGGAGUACAGGGUCCACCAGGAAGGCCUGGACUGCCUGGUCCAAGAGGAGAAUCUAUUACUGGACCUCCAGGGCCCCCUGGACCCCAGGGAAUAGGUUAUGAUGGUCGCCCAGGUAGUCCUGGACAACCAGGUCCACCUGGACCACCAGGUCCACCUGGACCACCAGGUUCAUCCCUGCCAGGUGCAUACAGACCCUCACAAACAAUCAAUAUCCCUGGGCCUACUGGUCCCCCCGGACCACCUGGACCAUUAUCUGGGGUUUUAGUUUUGAUGACUUUCGACAAGAUGGCUGCCACCACUCGCCAGCAUCUAGAAGGCACACUGAUCUAUGUGAAAGAGAACAGAGACCUUUAUAUAAGAGUAGAUGAUGGCGUCAGACAAAUCAUGCUAGGAGAAUAUAGUCCUUUUCCCAAGAAUCUGGAUAACUCUGUGGCUUCAGUGGAGACUCCUCUGGUUGUUCAUUACACUCAUGAUUACCCCACAGACUCUCCACCACGAGCCCCUCCUCCACCAGAAGCCCAGUACCCUGUGUUGCCCGAUCCCAGAUACCAGCCACUGUAUGACCCACGAUUCCAUGGACUGACAGAUCCAGCUGAUCCCAGACACUCUGAUCCACAAUACUCUUCUUCAGCCGACCCAGUUCAUCAGGGCUAUCCUGAUCCGAGGCACCACCCUCACAGCAGCCACCCACAUCACUCUGGCUAUCCUGACAGCAGAUAUCAUAGUAUUCUCCAUCGCAGGCCUGUCAUUCAAGAGACUCAGCUUCCAGCCCACAAACACACAUCGGGCCCUGGGCUGCACCUAAUUGCCCUCAACUCACCUCAUGUGGGUGACAUGCAGGGUAUUAAAGGUGUAGACCACCAGUGCUUUUUACAAGCCCAAGCCAUUGGGGUCAAAGGAACUUUCAGGGCGUUCCUGUCAUCACGGUUACAGGAUCUGUACAGUAUUGUUCAAAAGAAUGACAGGGAUCGACUUCCUAUAGUAAAUCUUAAAGAUGAAGUAUUAUUCAGUGAUUGGGAGUCUAUCUUUAGUGACUCAGAGGGCAGAAUGACCGAUAACACACACAUCUAUUCAUUUGACGGUCGAGAUGUUCUCAAUGACGAUGCCUGGCCAGAAAAGAUGGUAUGGCAUGGAUCAAGCACUCAUGGUCACAGGCAGACGGACAGUUACUGUGAGGCAUGGAGAACCAAUAGUUAUGCUGCCACUGGCAUAGCUUCUUCUCUCCAAGAUGGCUACCUGCUUCAGCAGUUACCGCGCAGCUGCAGUAGUUCUUUUGUUGUACUGUGCAUUGAGAACACCUACAGUAUAUAGCUAAGUAAAACAGAUUUUCUGCCAAACCAAAUUUGCCUGAAGACAACAAAACUACUUAACUGAUAUGUCUUGUGAUUUGAGAUGACACAGUCAUCUGACACAGAUGAUACAGUGCUUUUAGCAAAAUUGUUUUGCAGUAGAUUAGUCAACUGCAGAGUAUAUUCUUUUUUUUUAAUGGGAUUUAGGUCCUGGCUCUGACCUGGCACUCAAGAACUUUCCUGUUCUUAAGCCACUACAUUAUCAAUUUUUUGACAAUAUGUUCAGUUUUCUCCAUAUGUAGCCCAUGGAGUUAGUCUACAAAGUUACUUUCUGUCUCAGCCUUACCAUGUAAUCAUUUUGCCACAUUGCUUUAGAAUCCUCAUUUAUGGCACGUUCGACUGUACCUUGCAAUGCACACGAGAUUUGUUUACAGUUUAGGAGAUUGUGGGUCAGUCUGUGCAUGUGAAGACCUCAGCCAUGAAAGCUUUUAAAUCAAAUUUGCCACUGGUGUCUUGUUAGCUUCCCAGAUUAAUACCUUCCUGCUAUGGUUUGAUGUCAACACACACACAAAUGAAACUGAUACACUUUAUUUUGAAAAUAAAACCACACAAUACUUAUUACAGGGGUAAACCACUGUAUUAUGUUUCAUAUAUUCUAAAACACAUAUACACUAUGUUUACAAAUAAUAUGGCAGUAUAAAACACAAAGAAAUCUUGGAUUUUAUGUUCCCCAUAUUAUCACCACUUUUAAAAACAGAGCUAUUUGGUCCUUUAGAUGUAGAAUACAUACCCAAAGAAAGUUUUCAUUAUCAUUUUAAUGUGUUUAUGUUAGUAGUGAUUUUUGAAUAUGUGUGUUUGUGUGUAACAUUUUUAUUGAAUUUCAUUUGUAUACUUCGCAACUCAAUUAUUUACAUUUUAUAUUUAUUUUAAUUAUACAUUUAACCAUGACAAUUUAACACAAAUUCUAUGAUUUUUAUGGUGCUAUAUGACUGCCUGGCCUUUUUUAAACUAUUAACUAUUAAUGGUAAAAAUCAUAUUUUGGCUUUGAUUUAUUGAUUUUCUAAACAUACUGUAACCAGGAUACACUUUUAAGAGUUUGGAUACAAUAGAGUAUGUGGCUGGUAUAUGGAGUAUAACUUUUAUGAUUUUUUGCAUAUAAAGUCAUCAACCAAAUGUAA